AAUGUAGUAAGUAUUGCAAACGGUCGCGAUGUCUACUAUUAUGUAAAACGGAACCUUAUUGUUCGUUCGCACAUUUUUAUUUCGUACGGUUGUUUUGCUCUAUUCUAUACAGAAAUGAGCUUAAAUAAGGAGAUUAUUGGAUUACUGUAUAUAUGCGAGUAUUUUUAUUUCGUCGUUGGUAAUUAUUUGAUCGAUCCUCAUGAGUUAAUAAUUCACCAUAACCAUGGCGAAAAUGACGUGAAUCACUAUUCAAAUAUAUGGUAUUUCCAUUCAACUGAUGAUCUGAAUGAAAUACAGGAUACCAUAAUACAACAGGGAUUUUCGUUUGCACUACCAAUAGACGCAAUGAAGCAAUUACGAGAUCGGAACGGAAAAACGAUAACGCACAAUUACGAUACCACGGAGUACAUACGUGUGUUUGCGAUGACUGUAGAUGGUAUACCAAAUGUUUACAAAGUAAGAAGGGAAGACCAUCCUGAAAUCCACCACGAGCCAUUUCAUAACAUGACUAACGUUUUAAAACAGAAUAAUAAGGUGAAUUGGGCUAAACAGGGAUUUUCAAAAAACUUGUAUAAAAAAGUGCCGACGGACGUCCGCAGCAGAUAUGAGAGGUAUUUCAACGACGAAUUUUGGAAUUUACAAUGGUACGAGCAAGAUUAUCGAAAUAAUUAUAAAAACGAAAUGGCACUAGAUAUGAAUUUAGUACCAGUAUAUGAAGAGUUAAAAUUCACAGGUAAAGGUAUCCGAGUAGCGAUCAUCGAUGAUGGAAUAGAAUAUACUCACGAUGAUCUAAAGGACAAUUAUGAUGAAGAAAUCAGUAUUAAUCUGAACUGGAAUAAAAAAGAUCCUAUGCCUCGAUACGAAGACCCUACAAAUUCGCAUGGUACUAGAUGUGCUGGAGAGAUUGCAAUGGCUGCAAAUAAUAAAAAGUGCGGUGUAGGCGUUGCUUACAAUGCAAAAGUAGGAGGUAUUGUAUUGCUUGAUGGUACAACGGAUGACGAAAUGGAAGCUAGGGCUUUAAUUAACGCUAAUUCAUUAGUGGAUAUAUACAGUGGAUCAUGGGGGCCUAAGGACGACGGACUAAUGGUCGACGGACCCGGAGUAAUGGCACAAAUUGCAUUUGAAAUUGGUGCAACUAAGGGUCGCAACGGCAAAGGUUCAAUAUACGUAUUCGCGUCGGGAAAUGGUCGUAUGCUGUUUGACAAUUGUGCAUCAGAUGGCUACGUGGGAAACAUUCAUACCGUGGCUAUUAGUAGUGUCACUAUGGACGGCAGAGCUCCCGAAUACGCUGAGAGAUGUGCAGGCGUCAUAGCAACUGCUUAUUCUGGUGGAUUAGACAAUGGUAUUAAAAUUGUUACUUCAGAUAUCAAUAAUACAUGUACACUUUCACAUACUGGGACAUCAGCUGCAGCUCCGUUAGCAGCAGGAGUUAUAGCUUUAGCUCUCGAAGCCAAUGGUGAUUUGACGUGGAGAGACGUGCAACAUUUAUUAGUUAGAAACUGUGAAGUUGGACCUUUGUUGAAAAAUUCUGGUUGGUCCACUAACGCAGCAGGAUUCGAUUUUAAUCCUCAGUUCGGUUUUGGAUUAUUAAACGCCUAUAAGUUAGUGAAAGAAGCUAUAAAUUGGAGCACUGUACCAGAAAAAAGUAUAUGUGGUGUAAAUUUCCUUAUCUCUAAAAGUCGUCAACAUUUUGGUCGAGCUGUAAAAUUUGUAUCCACGGUAAUUACAAAUGGUUGUAAUGGAUGCAUUAAAUAUUUAGAGCACGUACAACUAUGUGUGACCAUUCAGUAUCCAAAACGUGGUAUGGUGGAAAUAAAUCUACAAUCACCAAAAAAGACCAUGUGUAGAAUGAUGGAGCCACGACCCUUAGACGAGUCAAAUAUGGGAUUUUUUGAAUGGAAAAUAAAAUCAUUGCAAUUUUGGGGUGAAGACCCAUCUGGGGAGUGGACAGUUGUUGUCAAAGAUGAAACUUCUAAUUUAUUCAUGGGGCUAACUGGAUCAGUAGAAAAACUUAGAUUAAUAAUGCAUGGAACUAAAAAUAAUCCUUAUAAUUAACAAAUUCUGAUAAUUUUAAAGAUUUUUGAUUAUUAAAUGUAUAUUAUGUUAUGUUUAGUAAAAAUAUUGUUCAGGUUUAUCAUGUUUAAAACAAAACUAAUGAUUAUAUUUAUAUUAUAAUAAAAGUAGUUUGGACAUAAUAUAUCAUUAUAUUUUAAUUUACACUGUCAAAAAGAUAAUAGGUAUUUAAAAUAUAUACAAUGCAUAAUAUCUAAUGUAAUGUUAUAUUGAUGUUUUGAUGUUUCAAUUUUUUUUUUUUUUAGACUUUAAUAUUUAAAAUAAACUAUUGUAGCGUUUUGGGUUCCAUUUUUAUAUUUUACAUUUAAAAAUGCCAUAAACAGUGUAUUUUUGGUUUGAACUGCACCAAAUUGAAGUUUGUAACAAUUUUAAUAACUUAUACUCCCUAAGGUUAAUACCACCGAGGGUAACUUUAAAUUAAAAAAAAAAUAAUAUUUUUUGGUAAAACAUAAAUUUUAUAAUAAUUA